AUGUGCAUGGAUAUUUCUCUGUCUCUCAUUCAGUCCAUCUCUCUCUCUCUCUCUCUCUCUCAUUCAGUUUCUCUAUCAUUCAGUCCAUCUCUCUCUCUCUCAUUCAGUUUCUCUAUCAUUCUCUCUCUCUCAUUCAGUUUCUAUCAUUCAGUCCAUCUCUCUCUCUCAUUCAGUUUCUCUAUCUCAUUCUCUCUCUCUCUCAUUCAGUUUCUCUAUCAUUCAGUCCAUCUCUCUCUCUCUCUCAUUCAGUUUCUCUAUCAUUCAGUCCAUCUCCUCUCUCUCUCUCAUUCAGUUUCUCUAUCAUUCAGUCCAGUUUCUCUAUCUCUCUCUCUCUCUCUCAUUCAGUUUCUCUAUCAUUCAGUCCAUCUCUCUCUCUCUCAUUCUCUCUAUCAUUCAGUUUCUCUCAUUCAGUUUCAUCAUUCAGUCCAUCUCUCUCUCUCUCUCUCUCAUUCAGUUUCUCUAUCAUUCAGUCCAUCUCUCUCUCUCUCAUUCAGUUUCUCUAUCAUUCAGUCCAUCUCUCUCUCUCUCAUUCAGUUUCUCUAUCAUUCAGUCCAUCUCUCUCUCUCUCUCUCAUUCAGUUUCUCUAUCAUUCAGUCCAUCUCUCUCUCUCUCUCUCAUUCAGUUUCUCUAUCAUUCAGUCCAUCUCUCUCUCUCUCUCAUUCAGUUUCUCUAUCAUUCAGUCCAUCUCUCUCUCUCUCUCUCUCAUUUCAGUUUCUAUCAUUCAGUCCAUCUCUCUCUCUCUCUCUCUCUCAUUCAGUUUCUCUAUCAUUCAGUCCAUCUCUCUCUCUCUCUCUCUCUCAUUCAGUUUCUCUAUCAUUCAGUCCAUCUCUCUCUCUCUCUCAUUCAGUUUCUCUAUCAUUCAGUCCAUCUCUCUCUCUCUCUCUCAUUCAGUUUCUCUAUCAUUCAGUCCAUCUCUCUCUCUCUCUCUCUCUCUCUCUCAUUCAGUUUCUCUAUCAUUCAGUCCAUCUCUAUCUUAUUCAGUAUAUUUGUCUCUGUCAUUCAGUUUUUAUCUCUCUCAGUUUCUCUCAUUUAGUCCAUCUCUCUCUCUCUCUCUCAUUCAAUCCAGUCCAUCUCUCUCUCUCUCAUUCAGUUUUAAUCUCUCUCUCAUUCAUUUUCAUCUCUCUCUUCCUCUCUCAUUCAGUUUUUUAUCUCUCUCUCUAUCAUUCAGUUUUUUAUCUCUCUCUCUAUCAUUCAGUUUUUUAUCUCUCUCUCUAUCAUUCAGUUUUUUAUCUCUCUCUCUCUCAUUCAGUUUUUAUCUCUCUCUCAUCUUAUCAUUUUCAGUUUUUAUCUCUCUCAGUUUUAAUCAUUCAGUUUUUAUCUCUCUCUCUCAUUCAGUUUUUAUCUCUCUCUCUCUCAUUCAGUUUUUUAUCUCUCUCUGUGUCAUUCAUUUUUUAUCUCUCUCUCUCAUUCAGUUUAUCUCUCUCUGCCUCUCAGUUUUUUCCUCUCUCUCAUUCAGUCUAUCUCUCAUUCAUUUUGUCUCCCUCUCAUUCCAUCCGUCUCUCUCCCUCCAUCUCAUUUAGUUCAUUUCUAUCUCUUAUUCAAUCUCUCUCUAAACAACAUUUGUUUGGAAGUAGCCAAUCACAGUGA